GGCGUAGGCCGAGCUGCGCAGUUUAUUGGUAGAUUUUUGGAUCUCGGUUUCCCGUUACCGCCACGUUGGCGCCUCUCAGACCUUGGCCGUUAGCUCGGUUUUCUGUCCGCGUGUCGGUGAAACCAACGGAUUGGAAAGGGUUUUAAAGAUGUGUGAGGAAAAGAGCUCAGAGCUGAAGAUAGUCUGCUAUAUCAUCGGACUUUUUGUCACUACCAUAGCAAGAUGUUAGUUUGGACUAAUUUCAGGUUAUGGGCAGAUUUAGGGACAGGCCUUCCGUCUUUUGAAUCACCUUUACAUGGAGCACAGAGAUGAUGACGACGAUGAUGUGUCUUUUGCCAAAUGGAUGAGCAGCUUCUGGGGUCACAGCUGGAGAGAAGAGGAUGAGAGAGGACUCCGGGAGCGCCACCGACCACAAGCCACCUAUCACAGGAAAACCUCUCUGCCCUGUCCAUUUCCUGUGCUUUCCAGAAUCACCUCAUCUGAUCACCAUCAUAGAAGGCAUUCUCAUGAGGACCAGGAAUUCCGAUGCCAUACCCACACACAGGAUUACAGAAAAUACUCAGGCGAUGAGUCAUGCAAGGAGCCAAUGGUAUCAAAACGAAGAUCCAAUUCCAAAAUUGAGGAAUUUUCAGAUUCCUUUGAACAGCAGCUGUGCUUUAGAACCAAACGUUCUGCCUCUUUGGGGCCUGAGAGUGGGAAGGAGAGGAAUGAAAGAGAAUGCCUGAGGAUGGAGAUAAGAUCCCAAAAGAAAAUAGAGGAGGGAAGGAGCUCUAGGAAAGAAGAACCCGGAGAGGCAUGCAUGGCCCCCCUGUUUGAAAAGGGGCCUGAAUAAUACUUUAUUCCCACAUCACGCCAUCAGAUGCUGCUGGGUUUUUUUGAGCCAAUACAUCAAUUCAGGAUGUCAGUGGAGAGGAGA